GCAGCGGCCGGGUCCGAGCGGUUCCGCCACCUGCGGCCCGGGCCGCCCUCUUGGGCGUUGCUGACUUUGAUUUGCGGCCAGUUCCGCCCUCUUGGGAGCGGUGGUUGUCGCUGGCUAUCACACACACAGAGACAGAGUCCCAUCACAGCCCCGCAGAGCUCGACCGAGCCCCGUCCGGCACCGCCCCGUCCCGCCCGCUGUCCCCAGUCCGAGGUCUCUCGUGAGUUUCUUGCCAGUGUAAUGCAGAAACAACCUCCCAUCAACACCAUGGUCGUAGUUCGUCUCUUCUCUGCAUACAAAAGCUUCAUUAGUCCCAAGCAUCACCAAGGCCUCCAGAGUCUGUGAGUCAAGGGCAGUUGUGAAAAAAAACCCUGCUCUCUGCUCAUUCAGUUUUCUUUAUGACAAAUACCUCUUUUAUUGAUCACAUUUCCAAUAACUGCAGGCAGCUAAUCUAUGUUCUUGGCAGGAUAUUCCUGUCCAAGUCCAUGACAAUUUCUUUUUGCAGCUGCCUCAUACGUCAGCGUUUGCAGUUCCUGAAUGCAGAGGGGAACAGGACAUCUGUAGCCUUGAGGCCCUGCAGAUGUUGGAUUUUAUGAAGAUCUCAACUCUCUACAGAGGCCAACACGCAAGCCCGGCUCAUUGCAUUCCCGGCAGGAACACGAGGGGGUGCUGCAGGACAGGCUGUCAGCGUGUGGUGCUGUUCCGGCGCUCACCCUCUGCCCCCGUUGUUUCUCCUGAGCGGUUCCCUCAGCUCUGUCAACGAGCGCAGGAACAAUCAGGUCCCACUGCACGGUCGUGCUCCGGCACUGGAAGCUGUGAUGACAUAUUCCUAAAAUCCUGGAAUGUUCCGGGUGGGAAGGGACCUUGAAGCCCAUUCCAUUCGACCCUCUGCCAUGAACAGCGACACCUUCCACUAUCCCAGAUUGCUCCAAGCCCCGUCCAACCUGGCCUUGGACACUCACUUCCAGUCACUCCAGGCUCCUGAGUAUUACUGCAGCCUGUCAGACUAAUUAGUUGUCUCUUGGAAUGCUGUAGGAGAGAAAGGUAAUUGAUAGGGCUGAGGAUCACACAUACACUUCUGGGAGCGACAAACUGUGUUUUUCACCCAAAAAGUGAGAGGUUUUUGUGACACCAAAGCAAAACUCAUCUCCAGUUGCAUGAAGUGAGCUCUUCAGGAAAAAAGACGGGAUGAAUUUAAGACAAAAAAUAACGUGGAGAAUCAGCAAGUGCCAGCGGUCAGGAGUUGAAAGGGCGAGAACUCAUGCGAGCAGGACCAGGAGUAUGAGACUUUCGGAUGAGACUAAUUGCGAGCGCAUUAAUUUUAAAAUUACUCAUUUUUCCCCGCCGGCUGGCGCUGGUGAGGCGGGAACUACACCUCCCGAGAUCCUCUGGGGCGACGCAGGACGGAGCCAAACAGACAGGGCGGGGCGAGAGGCGUGGCCAAUGAAGAGGCGGGAGAGGCUUGAAUAUUAAGGCAGGGGCAGUACUUGGACGUUUUGCUGGCGGGAGGUGCUGUGUCGGGUUGGGCGGCUCGUGCGGCCGGGAGCUGUGUGUGCGUCGUCCUCGAAGCACUGUGAGCUCUGGCUUGGAAGUGCCCCACCCAGUGCCCAGCUUCACCCCCUAUGUGGACGAGUCAGCUCAGCCACAAAUGAUAUGUAGGUCUGCUUCCCCCACUGGCUGCUGUUCUAUUUUUCUCUAUAUUUGGUGAAUCCUCUACUUUGACAAAUCAGAAUACAAGAUCGUGCCCAUCAGAAAAGUGCCCGUCAGCCUCUUGCUGUUCGUAAUCCUGUGGAUUGUCUGAGUGCCAAGGAAAGCGCAGCAGCAGCAGGAGCCUGUGUAAGGAAACACUUGAGCCCAUGGGAGAUUUCCUGCCCAGGAGGCACCAAGGCAGCCUUUGCUGCUGUCAGACUGAGUCAGCUUGGCUGGACUGGCAUCACAGGAUGAGCUGAAUGGAAUUGAGCGUUUGAGUGAGGAUGCAAUUGUGACAGGCUCCUACAAGAACAAGACCCUUUGUGCCAACCCAGAGGACACGUGUGACUUUAACAGGGCUGCCCACCUGGCCUCAACGCCCUUUCACGGUGUGGUAGCUCAGAGAGUCCCAGCUCCUGCUUUCUCUCAGAGUGAACUGAAGGAAGACAGUCCAGAAUCCAAGAGUGCAGCUCUGAAUCAGGAGACACCAGUGGGUGAAGAGGUAUACACUGAAGCGUGGGGAGCUGCAAAGGUUGAGACUUAAAAUUAAGAAAGUGAGCCACUGGAGGCGAUGGGAUCUCAUGUGUCAACCAAAGAAAAAGCUCAAGUGUCAGCAGAAGAAAAAGCUGUAGUGAAAGCGUGGACCAUUAUGUUGGGCCGUCGAGGGAUAAAAUAUGAUAAGAAAGCUCUGUGUACUUUCUUGCAGUGGUGUAGGAACCAUGGGGUAGAUGUCACCAUAGAAGCUGCAUUUAUUGUUAAAAACUGGGAACGGGCUGGUGAAUUGAUUUUAGAAUCAGCCUCUGGAGGCGAUGAGACUGCUAAAAAUAUUAUGACUACCUGGAGUCUGGUGCUGGAUACUUUGAAACUGCUGAAACUUGAGCAAAAUGCAAAAACAGCCGCUGAGGCACGACAGGCUCCACCUGCCAAGACACCCAGUGAUAGUGGAGCUCAUGAGGGAGCGCCUGGGGGAGGAGGUGCCACAUCGAGUUUUCGGGUGGAAAGGACGGGCAAAAAGCUAGAAGGGAAGCAGCUGUCAUCUGCACCUACCAUCUCUGCAACUCCGCCUGCGCCGUGUGCACCUGCACCCCAGCGUCCUGCACCCCCAGUUACCACAAAGCCAUUGUCUCCUCCUCUUCCUAUGGAUGACCAGAGUGAUGAUAAACUUCUGCCCGUGGCCCCUUCAGUUCUUGAUAGGCCCAGUCACAAGCUGGGCAUGGAAAGAGCAGCCAGGAGCCGAGCGGCGCUUGGUGCUGAGAGUUCCAGCAGGGAGCUGCCAGCAGCUGGAGCGGCGGGACGCCGCAUCCCAUCGUGUCCACAGCCAAAGCCUGAGAGGCCCAAGGAACCCCCUCUAUUAGUAGGUUUGUGGGAUCCUAACAGGGGAGACCCAAAUUGUUGCCCCACAGCUGGCCCUCAGGAGGAUCUUUUCACCAUGCAGCCAGUGUCAGCUACUAUCUCAGGAUAUGACCGGGUUAGAUGUCACUGUGGGAAAUUAAAGGCUCUUGCUAGUGGGGAUCUUGAACUUACUGAACAACUUUCUGUACCAAUGCCUGGGCUGUUCUUGGGUGGCCAAGAGACUGUGAGUGGGACGACUGGGGCUACUAUCGCAGCAUACAAUCCAGUUCGAUUUUGGCAAUUUAUGAAAUUAAUGGCACUUACUAGUGGAGAUUAUGAAGCCGCUGAACGAAUUUCUGUACCUACAUUCCCUAUGUCCUCGGAUGACCAAGGGCUGCAAAACAAUUGGACUGUGUCCUAUCUACAAGUCAUCUUUAAUGUUCUCUCCCAGUUACGCCAGCUAGCCACCCAACAUGGACUGGGGUCUCCGGUUGUAACAAGGAUGUUAAGGCUUCUAGCUGAAUAUGAAAUGACACCCUUUGAUAUCAAGCAAAUAGCAGGGUUGCUCUGUACCCCGAUGGAAUACAUGGUGUUUGAGUCCACCUGGCAGCGAUAUGUGGAAAAGCAAGGGCUGCGUAAUUUAGCAGUGCUGCAGCAAGAUCCAUGCUUUGGGGCAGGGGUCCCUCAACUUCUGGGAUUGCCUUCCAUAAAUAACCCACAGUUGCAAGCGCGCCUAAAUCCUUUGAUAUUGGCACAGGCAAAAGAUUUAGGAAUUCAGGCCCUGAUGGAAGUUGGAAAAAUGGCAUUGGUAACACCAACUCAGAGUUGUGCAAAAAUUAAGCAGGGCCCCAAAGAGCCUUAUAGGCAAUUUAUAGAACGAUUAAAAGAUGCAAUGGAAAAGCAAAUAGCAAAUGAUGAAGCAAAAAAUCUGUUGAUACGGGCAUUGGCACGAAGCAAUGCAAAUGAAGACUGCAAGAAAGCUAUAGACCUAUUACCAAGAAGAAAUCCAUCCUUAGAUGAGAUGAUUGAUGCAUGUGCUGAAGUUGGAACUGUAUCUUAUGAAAUGACUUUGUUAGUUAGUUCUUUGGCAGCUGCUCUGUUACCCAAAUGCUAUGGAUGUGGGCAGCUAGGCCACAUGAAAGCAAAUUGUCCCCGUAGGUACCAGUCAUGGGGGACACACCAGAGACAGAGAGCUAUGCCUUUAGUGGGAAGCUGUUACCGAUGCGGAAAACCCGGUCAUUUUGCCAAGCAAUGCUGGUCUAAAUUCCAUGCUAACGGACAACCUCUUAGUGGGCAGGGAAACAGGAACAAGAGCGCCAAAGGGAAAUGCUUUCAGACAUGAGCACCUUCCCAUACUCCAGUGCAGGCCUAUGCGACCAGCUCACAGGGACAACAAGAGAAUCAGCUGACACAGAUGUUUCUGUUGCUGGCAUUAUAACUUACAGACUCAUUGAAGGUAAAUAAAAUCCCCCUUGAGGCCCAUGGGCCUACUGGAGAAGGAUUAAGUACAUUACUAUUAGGAUGAUCAAGAGCAAUGUUACACGGGUAUUUUGUCCGCCCUGGAGUUAUAGAUACAGACUAUACUGGACAAAUAUGUGCUAUGGUAUCAACACCUGCUCCUCCUGUAUCCAUUCCAGCUAAAAGUCGUAUUGUUCAACUUGUACCUUUUAAGUCUUUUGUUCCUAAAACAGACUCAAAGCUGCAAGAAAACGGAAGCUUUGGCUUGACAGGGGAACCUGAAGUAUACUGGACUCAGGUCGUAUCUGAUCGAAGACCAAACGUGGUUUGUACUCUUACAAUGCCUCAGGCAAAUCCAUCCCACAUCAAGGUCAGUGGGAUGAUAGAUACUGGAGCAGAUGUUAUGAUCAUAUCUGCUAACACAUGGCUUCAGCCAUGGCCCACCAUAGCUGUAGGAUCUGUUGUUGCUGACCUUGGAGGUGCCACACAAAGUUACUUGAGUAGUAAGCCUAAGUUAGUUAAAAAUCUGGAAGAACAGCCAGCCAUGAUCCAUCCCUAUGUUACUGCUGUGCCACUCACCUAUGGGGAAGAGAUGUCUUGUCAGGAUGGGGGGUUUGGCUGGGAACAGUGUUUUAACAGAGGCCACUGUGCUGAAGGGCAUAAGGCAUCCCACACUUGCCUUAAAAUUACUCACUGGAGGACCUGUGUGUGGAUUGAUGGCACCUUGAAAAAGAAAAACUGCAUGCUCUUUAAUUGUUGGUUAAAGAGCAACUAAAUCAAGUACAUAUUGAGCCAUCAACAAGUCCAUGGAACACCCCUGUGUUUGUGAUUAAAAAGAAAUCAGGUAAAUGGAAGUUUACCUGAAGUUUAUCCUGUUUGGAAGGAAGUUUAUCCUGUUUAGUAAUUUUUAUUCCACGACUUAAGAAAAAUUAAUACAGUUAUGGAAAGUACCGGGUCUUUACAGCCUGGAAUGCCAUCCCCUGCUAUUAUAUCUGCUACUUGGGACAUUUUGAUUGUUGAUUUAAAAGACUGUUUCUUUACCAUUCCUUUACAUCCUGAUGAUAUCCUGAAUUUGCAUUUACAGUGCUCUCUGUUAAUCAUGCAGCAAAGAAGGCCUUUUACAGAUUCAGCCAAAAUUGAUGCAAGCACUGCAAGAGUUCAGGUUGCAAAUUGCACCUGAGGAGGUGCAACAACAACCCCCAUGGAAAUACAUAGGAGUUAAAAUGUUAGAUCAGACAAUACAGCCACAAACAAUUCCAUUUUCAACUAAGGUCCAAACAUUAAAUGAUGCACAAAACCUUUUAGGUAUCAUCAACUGGGUAUGACCCUAUUUAGGGUUAACUACCCCACAUUUAUCACCCUUCUUUAAUAUUCUUAAAGGUGACCCUGAGUUAACUUCCCCAAGCGUUGUGGUUUAACAUAGCUUGUUUUUUAGUUAAAAUCUGUUUUGCUCCCCUCCUAAUCCUUAUCUUGCCACAGAAAAUGAGUAAAUAAUUCUGGUGGGUGCACUGGCGUUUGGCCAGCGCUAGACCCACUACAUUAAUUGGUGUGUUGGGCAGAAAACUCAGAUUGGCCAACCAAAACCAUUACACUUAAUAAGUGUUUUUGCCUGGUGACUGAAACCACUGCAUAUUUUGGUGGAGAAUGCAUGCAACUGGUGAAAGCUGUGAGAUAAUGAUUAAUUAGAACUAUAGGGCAAAUCAAGUAUUAAGUCAUAAGUUUAAAUAAAUGAUAGUGGAAAAUUGAUAUUGUAAUUAUAGUAAAAUGUCUAGGGGUGGAGGUUAGUGUAAGAAAUUUUUUCCUUCUGUUUAGUUUAGUAAUUUUUAUUGUUCUAAGUAGAAGUUGUAAUUUUGAUAAUUUUUAAAUGGGUAUUCACAGAGACAAUAGGUGGAGAAUGUUGUGGUUUAACCUAGCUUGGUUUUUAGGUAAAGAGAAAAUCUAUCAGUUAUGGAAGUGGUUCUCUGUAAGGACUGCUAACAGCUUCCUCUGGACCCAACAGAACCAAUCAUCUGGCUAGUUUUGAAUGUUGACACCUUGUUAAACCACUUAAGGAAGCCGAACAUACCCCUGUGUAAUCACAUUUAAAAAUGAGCUAAACCCAGGAAAAGCUCUCUUGUUUCCAGCUUUUGAACAGGUAACUGGACACUGGUCAGGCCAGGCUGCACUUUACCACAUGGCCUGGUAGGGUGGGGCCAGGCCCUGCUCUGCUACUGCGCUGGCCAUACCAUUAAAAUUGAUAAUGGCCCUGUCUGUAUCUCAGAGAAAACUCAUCCAUUCUUGCAGUUCUGGGAUGUGUCCGCAUCUCACUGGCAUUCCUCAUUCCCCAACAGGCCGAGCCAUUGUUGAGCUUGCCCAUGGCACUUUGAAGUGCAUUCUUGAAAAAGGGACAAUGUCUGGUGAAACCCCACAAAGUAGGGCGGCCAAAGCUCUGUAUACAUUGAAUCUCUUUUUGAUAUUGCCAAACUCCCAAAACCCCCUUAUUUUAAUUUUUUUUUUGUCAUUGCAGUCCUAUAGUGAUGUCCAGUUGCCCAAGUCUGAGGUAUGGGUAUGGGACCUCAUUACCAUCAAGUGGGAAGGUCCUUGGGACUUGGUCACUUGGGGGCACGGGUAUGCUUGUGUUUCUACAGAUGCAAGAAUGCAAUGGGUACCUGCCCAGUGUGUGCGCCCUGCUCUAGGCUCUGCUCUGGAUCACAACCAGCAGUGCCUCCCUGAGGGCCCCUCAGGUGUUGUGCAUCUAUGGCACAACCAUAACAACCUUUUCAUACAUGCUUCCUGGGGGUACCCUUGAAUGGCACACAAAGUGUACAAGUAACACAAAAUGUUGUCAAAAUGUGAUGCUCUUCCCAGAACAAUUGUAAUGUUUAAAACUCCUGUAGGGAACUAUGGGAUGUUUGGGAUGACAAUUUACCUGUUGCUUUACAUGAACCCCAAGAGUUAGACAUUUUAGGGACAUUAUCAGCAGAAGGAUGUGUACUUUUUGAUUACACAUUGGAACAUGAUAUGUGGGACAGAACUGGAGCAGAAAAGCAAUAAGUUACCCCCAAUAGUUUCUGGAUUAAAGAGAUUGGCUUGCUUUGUAGCAAAAAGAGUAAAUGAAAUUUGCUUAAUUUUGAGUGCUUUGGCUAUAGAUGUAGAUAUCAUGCAACAUGCUGUUGAUUUUCUUUUGUUAGCUCAUGGACAUAGUUGUGAAGAGUUUGAUGGCAUGUGAUGUUUGGAGGAUUUUCUGGGAUGGAUCACUGGCUGGAAGAGUUAGGUUUAUCAGGCUGGGUGAAGAGCCUCAUCUGAACUGGACUUAACAUUUUUUGUAUCACCAUAAUUAUUUUGUUCAUUGUGCUAUGUUUGUUAUCCUGUCUGCCAAGGGCUGUGAGAGGAUGAUAAAGACCACCUUUGUAGUUGAAAUACAAAAAGGGGGAACUAUGAUGUCUAACAGCUCGCCUACAGGCCUCACAGACACAAGUAACCUUGACCUUGACUUGAUCAGCCUGUACCUGUGAGAAAAGGAAGUCUUUAAGGAAGACUUUUUCUUCUUUAAGGAAGAAAACAAUGAAAAGCUGGAGGACUUAACUGCAAGGAAUGGAUGCUGGCCAAUCUUUGGCGAGCACUUAUGGAGGCAGCUACUGGCCAGUGAGCUGGGUGGCAGCAAGUGACCAGCCAACUGGGAUUGAAUGUGCUGCUUUUGACAACCAUAUAAAUAUGAGCUGUGAACAAUAAAGAUCACUAUUCCUGCUUGAA